AUUACCUCAAGUUUUAAUUUUUUGAAUUGAUCCGUUCAAAAAAGAAAAGCACUGUAUAUAGAAUAGUUACAAGUAUUUUGGAAACCAAUGGACAUAGUGGUACCGAAACCUUCAACGCAAACGGAAGAAUCAAAAGACGAAGACGACGAUGAUGUUUUCUAUGACACUGAAGACGAACCAGAAAGUGAUAGCGAAGACGAAACAGAUUCCAGUGUAGUAUGCAAAGCAUGCCCAGUCGUGAAGCCAGUCUUCCUAUGUGGCUCCGACAACAGAACCUACAGCUCUUUGUGCAGGUUGGACUAUCACAACUGUAUACAUCACACAUCUAUACGAGUCGUAUGCAAAGGCUUCUGUCCAUGUAAAGACAAUAACGAUGACCGCAUCCGCAAGAAGCAACGACAAGCGGACAAGCUGAACCAGUUCAUGAACAAGUACAAAGCCACGUUGGACAAAACGGGCACCGGAUUAGGUAGUUCCAUCAAUGGUGUUGCUAAACCACCUUCCAGGCCAUCUCUCGCCAUAUCUAAAGCGGACCAACUGUACACAUUCACGCCACAAGAUUUCAAGUACGACAACAAGCAUUACAAGUACAUCAAGUAUACGAAGUACAACAACGAUAAGGAGCUGAGUAGUAACUCGAUCUACUCAGACGACAAGGAGAGAGUCCGCGGUUACAACGAGGUACUGGAUGACGACAAAACCAGCUUCGGAGGAGCAGCGUCAGCUUCGUCGUAUCCCCAAAAGCAGUGCUCUCCAGCAGCACUUCAAGCCAUGGGCAACCGGCUGCUGGAUUGGUUCUCCGUCGUCAUGGCCGACUCCGCCAAGAGGAAACGCUUUAAGACUAAAUCUAAAGUCCACUGGACCAGCAGCUGCAAGAAACCAGAAGUGAAAUGGAUGUUCCAACACCUGGACGCUAACGGCGACGGCCGCCUCUCGCUACAAGAACUGUAUGACCUGGAGCACGAUCAGCGCGAGGCAUGUCUGAAACCAUUCCUGCAACGAUGCGACGUGGAUCGGGAUGUGUUCGUCUCAGCCCUCGAAUGGUGCAAGUGCUUCUCUAGGAGCGAACGCCCGUGCGCGGCGGUCAGUCGCAAAAUUAUCCAUGCGGCUGGAGAUUCGCAAUUAGGUGUAUACAUCCCGGACUGUGACAACCAAGGAUACUACAAACCUGUCCAGUGCCACAGUGCAAUUGGGAUGUGCUGGUGUGUUGACAAACAUGGAGUUGAAUUCGCCAAUACACGUUCGCACGCGAAACCUAAUUGCGAUCCACUACUGAGCAAAGAGAACGACCUAUCGAAGCAACUGACAAGUAACUUAGUGGACAAUUCCAGUGACGAUGAAGACGAUAACGAUCAAAAUAUGGAGGGUAGUGCCGAUCAUCCUUCAGAUUAUUAAGUUUUCUACACACUUCAACAGCCACGUCGUUGUGCCGCCUUCGCUGCAGCCUGCUACUUAACCUGAUUUGUAACAGCUUAGAAUUUUAGAUACUUUUUAUAUGAAGUGUUAUUACACUCUAUAGAUCGCAAGUCAUAUUAACGUAAAGAUCAUUUAUAGGACGUUCAUUCUAAGAAUGCACUUGUGAUUGGAGAAAGUGCACAUCAGUAGAAUUUAGUAGUUUUUAUGGAAUGCAAUGUACCUACUUACAUGUGCAUAGUCAGGCGGUUCGUAAACCCUCCAUAGCAAGCGUCGACUUCUGAAGAACAUUCAUGGAUCUUAGAUUAUAAAUUUCAAUAAGUCGCAAUCCCGGCUGUUAGAUUGGUACACACUUGCAAAAAGUCUCUUACGUGUCAGGUACUCCCUCUUACUUUGACUAAUAAUGUGUGCUUUAAAAACCGUUGUAUAUUAGUAUAUUUUGAGUAAAAUGUUUAAUUGAUUUGUCAUUAUCUUGAUUAAUAAAUUCCGGGCCACAAUAAUAGUUGCAAGUCAGGUUCAGGAUUCAGUUUCCUCUUAUAUGGCCAUAACCCAUAAACGAGAUUUGUAGCAAUUAUUUUUAAACAGCUACACGUAGAUACACACGUGAUAUGCAUAAAUGUAUGCACAAGGUGGGACAAGUAGUAACAUAGUGUAAAGUGUUUCUGCUUCAUAACCAGAUUAUUCAAAUCUAUAACAUUGAUGAGCUUAAGUUGGAAAAAUAAUAUCGGUUCUGGCAUCGUGAUAUUUGGUAAAAAUGUUAAUCAACUCAGGACCAAUAAUAUAUCAACUUGAUUUCACCAGUUUUACACAUUUGGGAAAGCUGAGAAACGACCCAUGUUUACUCAUGUCCAACAUCAUGACACUCAAUUUAUAUUAAGUUAUUACUUUUGUCCCACGUUGUACACACAUUUCCAAUUCUUUUGACAUUACUAGAGCGAUAUCCCUUGUAGUUGUGAUGUCUUCUCAGGUUUUUCAAACCGAUAAAUUCUGCUAAAUACUAGAAAAUAUUAUGAAAUAAUUCUACUAUUUUGUACCCGGUAACACUUACGCAAAAUGUGGAGUUCAGAACUGGAUACAAAAACUGGCUUCUUGUAGGAUCAUAAUACUGGCUCUUUCCAAAUUAGCUGUUUACGUUACAUUUUCUAUUGAAACGAUGCGCUAUAACAUGCAAAUGCCAAAAUCUUGAAGUCUUAUACGUGAUAAAUAUUGAAAAAAUCACCACACCUGAGAACACCAUCGCAAUGACUAUUUAUUGAUGUCAUUCCUCAUCAUAAGUCUACAUUCCAUAUUUUUCCUUUGAGAAUACCACAUGACCUGUGGUUUUUAGUUAAGUUUUCUAUAGUUUAUACAUGUAUAUACAGCGUCCUGAUUUCUCGUCAUAUUUUUUUCGAGAUACCAGUUUAUAGUUUAUUUUGGCAAAUAACGCGUAUAAUUAGAUAGAAGUAGAAACAGCUUUCAUGUUCGUGCUGUCCAAAAAAAAAUUAUACACAUGUAUGCAUUUAUGUGUUAGAAAAUAUUGUAAUGAUUGUUAACAUUGAUUGUUUCGUCAUUUUGAUGUGUGUUAUUUUUCCAGUAUUAUGUUUUAGUUUUUUAAAUUAUCACCCUGUAUAUUAUUAAAUAUGUAGUUACGAUACUUAAAAUGGUACUCUGUACAUAAAAAAGGUACUAUGUAUGAAUUCGUAUUCAGUUCCUUUUGUACUGUUGUGCAAUAAGUUCACAUUCAAUAUAAUCAUAAUGUUUCCUCCACUUGCUGUCCAACAACUUAAUUUAUAGCAAAAGACUGCUUAAGUAAUCAAAAGAAUACAACAAAUCUAUCACUUCGUUGAUAUCAAUAUAUCAUCUCCUUAUCUUUAAGCAGCGAAUACUUAUGAAAUUUCGUUUGAGGAAACCUUUUUCACACACCUAUAAUCUUAACUCUUAUUUAUUGUAUGUUUUUAAAACAAUAAAAUUAGAUCUCUUAUA